AUGGCAGACGAGGCGUUACCUGAAGCAGCCGUCGCUUCAGUCAGUGUCAAGCUACCGUCAUUCUGGCCCUCCGACCCGCAGCUGUGGUUUGCUCAGGUAAGAGCUCAAUUCACAACUAGGGGUAUCAAGCUACAGAAGACGAAAUUCGACUACGUGGUGGCAUCCCUGGCACCUGCGUACGCCACCGAAGUCAGAGACCUCAUCCUCACUCCACCGGCGAUGAAUUCAUACGACACACUGAGGGAGCAGCUAAUCAAGCAAACCGCAGCCUCAGAACAACGACGUUUACAGCAAUUGUUCACGACCAAGGAGUUAGGUGACAGAAAACCGACACAACUCCUUCGUAGAAUGCAACAACUACUAGGCGACAAAGUAGGUUCAGUGGACAAUUUCUUCCUCCGCGAACUGUUUCUACAACGCCUACCUUCAAAUGUCAGAAUGAUCCUCGCCUCCAUGCACGAUGACUCCGCUGAUCUACAAAAGCUAGCACAGCUCGCUGACAAGGUUACAGAAGUAGCAAACACAUCAGUUUCCGCUAUCAACUUAACGCAGGUGAUAGAUGAGUUGGAGUAG